AUGCGCUGGAAGCAUGACAAUGCGCCAGAGGGCGGUACUGAGAUGCACUGUCCCGGGUGGGAGCAAGUGCAGGAUACUCUACUAUCGUGGGCAACGAAAUCCUGGACCACUGCGACUGGUGCAAUUAAACACUGGGAAGGGCCGCGCGAUGUAUACUUUGCGGAAGACCUCACGAUGAGCCUGUCGGCGAGGAAGAUCCAAUAUCUCCAGAAGACAUAUGCUACUACGGCCAUUGCCUGCGUGUACAGCAUCGCCGAGUCAAGUGAGGAGGCUCUGCGCAGUUUAUAUCAAAUAUGCCUCGCAACUCGCAAUCGUCUUGAUGAAACGGACUUGCCACCAACCAUAGAGAGGAUCAUGUCUGACAUGUCCCUCCUGCCAGUCGUCAAAACGACACUAAGUGUCGAUCCUAAGAUGCCCGCCUUCAUGCGCCACGACUUGCUCAAAGUGUCGAACCCUCUCACUUCCGCGGCACCUGAUGGUAUUGAACUGGUUACGGCGCUUACAAUUAGUGCAUACCUCUGCACCUCCUUGGGUGUACCUUGGUCGGUGCGGAGAGCAGGAGACCUAUUCUUCAUCGGCGACGAGAGAGAACAAAAGGGUGAGCUCGGAAAGCUACUGCGGGCGAUCGCCAAUCAAGAGCCGCGGGGUGAUGAUGGGUACUGGAAACGAUCAAGAGAUGCGAUUCUCUGGCUUUCUGACUGGGGUCAUCGUAACAGCAGCAGAGGGUUGCUAUCACACAGAUGCGGGCCCUUGAGCAUGGUCUCUAAAGAACAUAUUGAGGCUGAGUUUUUGAAGACUCUGCUAUCCAAGUCAAGAUAUUCAUUAUCACGGCAGAUCUAUGAAAACCUCACAGAGCCAUUGGCUCAAGUGAAGCUCCAGGAUGCCGUCUACCAAUCUGCUUUGAACGCUUUCGACAAUGCGUCAAAUCUUAAUAGAACUCGCGGUGGACUCAAGAAAUGUGACGAGAUAAUUCACUCACUCCCAACAGUACUGGAAAGGUCCUCACAACCGGUCAAGCGAGUGGAGGCGCUCCUUAAAGCUAGCCAUGCACUCAGCGACUACCGCCUUGUUCUCAAGCAAGGCGAGCCGUUCUGCCCAGUUGUUCUCCGGGUACAUUCCGACCCAAUCAUGAUCAUCGAGAAGGUACUUAGCCAGAACCCUAAAGCGUACACUCGUAUACAAGAGUUUCUGGAAAUGGGAACCAACAUCGUGCAUGCUAGCCUGACUUCGCGUGGCUUGGCAAUGGGGGUAGUUGCAGUAUCGUCGGAGAUUGAGCAGCGGCUGUUCGUUGCGGAGAAACGAAUAGUGGCAAUGUGUAUCGAGGCGGCACUGAACGAGGAUGAUUUUGAAACUGCGUACUCGUACGUUGUUAGUCGACUCUCGAGGGGUAAGGCGGCAGCAUCCACCGACGCUGUCGCCAUAUCUGAUACUUGGUCCUGGGCGGCAGCCCUGAAAGCUGGACAGUAUAUCAGGACAGAACGAUCACAGCAGCCAACACAUCUAGGGACAGCGAGUGGCAAUCCCGAAAUCCGACAUCUUGAGCAAAGGAUUGAGUGUUUAGCCACAGCCAUUUGCGCUGCCCCACCAGCAGAACUCCAUCAAAUAUUGAAGAGCUUUAGGCGAUGCGAGGAGCAGCUCGACUCCGCAAUCAGGGAAGAGGCCGCGAACGAGACGCUCUGGGAUACCGCGGGAGAGCUUGGCGCACUGCCAGGCAACUUUGAUGUUCCAGAGCAGCGACCGACGCAGCCACCUCGAAAUGCGACGGCCAGCACUGUGGCAAGGCAGGUAGAGGAGGCGCCGAUGUCACUUUUUGACCUAUCUCGAGCUACUGCGAGAAUCGCGCAACGGAACAUCACUACCAUGUCCAGUCUUCAGGGUAUACCAGCAACGGCUAGCAGUGCAACGGCAUCGCAGGAGCAGCUUGAAAUUCGUACAAGGAAAAGAGACCAACUGCGAGAAGCUGCCACUGGAACACUUGUCUCUGGUGUCGGCUGGCUUAUCGGCGCGAAUGUUAGUGGAGGUAGCGAAUGA